CUGAGUGAAUUCUCUACUAGUCCAUUCACAGCUCCGAUGAAUAUAAGGCGUGUGAUCCCUUUUGGUGACAUGUCUCAAUCCGCUUCAACUUUGACUCCUCAAUUUUCCAAUCUUCAAGCUUUAUUAGAACCAUUCCCUUUCUUUUCAGAUGUGCAAGGGCCUGCUUCGUUUCAUCGAAUGGGUCAACCUUUUACAUCUAACAGUUCUAUGAUGCCUCUUACUGACGUAUCAUCUUACCAAUCAAACUCAAUCCCUGUACUUCUUAGUCAUUAUCAUCCUGUUGAAUAUAAUCCUUAUGAUACACCAAGCUUGAAUACUUCACUUUAUCCUUUAUCUGCAUCUACUUAUCCUAGUUUACCUCUAAAUGAUCUUUAUCCCUGGUCUUAUUUGUAAACCUUUCUCUCUGUAGUAUUAGUGGGUUUGAAAUCAUUGUAUUGUUUGUAUGUUUGAGAAUCGACUUCUUUCUGGUCAUCGAUCAAAAAAGGCGAUCAUUGUAUCUCUCUGUUUUUCUUGUAUCUUGAAGUUAACAAAUCUCUUGUAUCACCUUUCAAAAUCCAAUCCAAACACAUCCUUGUGCUGGCUUCUAUUUACUGCGAGACAUUUUGCAUCUCAUUUGAUUGUCUCUUAUAGCUGAGUUCCUGGAACUUUAUAAUAAACAUCUCAUAUUUGUGUCCCAUGG